UAUAUAUCACAGAAAAGCUACUUCCUCUGGCUUCCUUCUGGGGGGAUUCCGAAAUUAUUUUUUAUCAUUAUCACUGAGCCAGCCGUUCAUUCGUCUCCACUGCCUUCGGUUUUAAACACAGGCUACAUAUUUUUAAUUAAAUUAGACAAACACGCUUUGAGUAACUGAUAGAAAUCUUAUCAGAACGAACACUUGGUGUGUCAGUUUCCGGUCGCAUGACCGUAAUCCAGUCAUCAAGCGCUGGUUCAGAAUGAAGUCCUCUCUUCUUCUUGGGCUGAUUCUACCCGGUCUGCUGAGGGCUUCAGACACAAAGUAUUUUGUUAAUGGGACACUUCAGCCAGUCACAACGUUCAGCAAUACCGAAGACAUUGGGAAUUUGCAGGAUAAAAAAAAUUGUACUAAUAGUGACUUCGUGGAGAAUUGCGUCAGCAUAUUCUUGAAGAACAAAACAACAGGACUCAUGACUCAAUUUGCAAUGAGAAGCGAUGAGGUUUCUGACUUUGAAGUUCCUAAAGUCGCAGAAAUAGGUGGAUUUCGUUUGGAGAACAUCACUUGUUUUUUGACGACCGAGUUGAACUGCUCGUGGAAUGCGGUGAACACCCGCCCGGGAUACCGCACCACUCUGUCCGUUCUAUCUCGAGAUGACGGAAAAGGUAAGAUCCUUUUUGACCAAAAAGAUGGCGGAGCCAUUGUUUAUCUACAAAACAAAACAGAUCACCAUGUUCAACUAAGCAUCAAUGUUUCCUCCGAGAACUUCUGGUACAUUCAUUAUUGGGCUUUCCAACCGUCUGAUUUAGUAAAACUCCGUCCUCCUCAGAACAUAUCAGCCUCAGUCAUUGAAGGAAAGCUACAUAUUAAAUGGGACAAGCCAGACCCAACAAUUCGGAACGACUGCUUUCUAUAUCAGUUAAGGAUUAACAAGGAUGAUGAGGUAACGGACCUCGAAGGGGUGACAAAGGCUGAGCGCAGUGUGGACCUAAGAAAGAGCAAUUUUGUGGAAAUGAGAGUCACCACGACCGUGCAUUGUGUGCAAAAUCACAUCUGGAGUGACUGGAGUGCCGCUGUCGAGGUGCCUGCGUCUGAGAGGUAUCUUGAUGAGUUAAACCCCCUGGUGGUUGCAGCCAUUGCGCUGGGCAUUCCCAUGUUUCUCCUGGCCAUCCUGCUGGCGUGUCGAUGUCACAGUCGAAUGGAAAAGCUCUUUCCUGUUCCGAGCCCUUCGAUGAAGGUAAAAGAACUACUGGAAAAAGACAACUGUAUCCAGGUUUUUCCUAAAUAUAUUGAAGAAACAACUGAAGUACUGAUUGUUGGAAAUGAUUAAUGUUCAAAGAUCUCGGGGUUGAUGUGGAUCACACAUAGAAGUGUGCUCUUUAUUUUUCAGGCUUUUCUGUCCAAAGCAACUGUAUAUUGAAUUCAGACUUCAGUAUUUUCCUGCCUUGCUCUCAAGCUAGCUUUUCUCAGUCACGUGCUGUACCUACAGGAACUUUCACAGGAAUUGACGUGCCUCUUUGCUCUGACUAACGGGCAGACAAGUUGAGUCAGUUCCCCUCAGCUUGCUCUUACAGGGAAAUUUUUCCAUUCUUUGGAAACCAAAAUGGGGAGGUGCCUGUUAUCAGGAAGGGCGAUUUACUGGAAGAGUUACUGACAUAACAAAUUACAUUUCAGUCGUCCUGUGCAAUAUUUCUGUGCAGUGUGAAAUUAGUACAUGUGGCAUUAAGACUUUGUUGUGAAUAUAAAAAUAAAAAAUAAACACUUUUUAACUGUGUGAAAA